UUAGCUGAAUUUCUGGUUAUUAAGACUUUUGUUUUCCCCUAAAAUCCAUUGGACUGUGAAGGUUACAAUUAACUUUAUUUACUUGAUUAGUGCCCGAAAAUGUGAUUAUCUAAUGUCAUUAAGUAUUCAUCAUUUUCGUUACCAAAGUUUAGUCCGAAAUCAAUGGUCAUUGACCUGGUCAAGUUUCCGAUUCCUGAGAUGAUUGAUCGCGAAAAAAACAAAACUUGAACUUUAGACAAAUUGAUAAACUUGAUAAUGUUUCUGGACGAUAAAAUUACAAUAAUUAUCCAAACAAAACGGUAAAUCAUAACAAUUGGAUCAAUUUUCUGAUGACUGUCAUUAAAAGUAAAACCUAUCAGAUGAUUGAUCAUUUUGAUAAAUAACGGUAAAGGUUUUGAUCUUAAUCGAUUCUUUUUUAAUAACAAUUUAUCCAAUAUUGUCCUUGACGAUUUAUACAAAUGAUAAAUUAGUUUAAUUACGAUGAUGAUGAUGAUGAUUAAACUUUUCUGAAAACACGCAAUGUAAAUUGUGAUAGAAAAGUGUGAACAUAUUUAAGGAGGAAAAUUUCACUUUCAACUAAUCAUUUGAUCACAAUCAAGUAAACAUUUUGUUUGGAUUGAGGAAAAAAAAAUUCUAGGCAAUCAAAUGAAGUUGUUAAUUGUUAGUCUACUCGUACUUUCAUCAAUCUGGAUACAAGUUAAUUGUCAACCAGAAGAUGAUGAAGGUGAAUCAAGUGAUGACAGUGAUAAUGUGGUGAAACAAUCAACGACAAGUGAAACUGAAAGUAAAUCAACAAUUAAGUCAAAUGGUGAUUCAAAUAGGAAAAGUAAAACUGCUAAAUUGUUACAAAAUUUGGACACAAUUAAAGAUCGUCUAGAUAAAAGUCGUCAAGUGAUCAAGGGAAUCAUUGAUUCAUUUAUGGGUCGAGGUGAUGAAGUUGAUGAUGAAAAAUUGGAAUCAGCGUUAACUAAAUACGAUGAAAUUAUCGAGGAUCUUGAGGCCGAUUUCACGAAAGCUAAAAUAGGACUUGGCCUACGAUUAGAAGGUAACAUUCAACAGAUUAAUGCUACACUCGAUUCGUUGAUGGAAAAUUUUAGAGACCUUAAUCCGGAUUUCGUUGAUUGGGCUCGAACAAAACGAAUCAAUUUCUCCAAUACACUUAAAAGUCGAGUUUUCCGUUUAAAUGAUCUGCUUGGUCGGGGUGUUGAACGAUUACUCGAAGUAUCGGAAAUGGGAAAAUCGACACUUCGAAAGUUACAUAAACGACGAUAUGAGAAACGAGAGAAAUUAAGUCAAGUGUUACUUGGAACUCCAAAGUCAAAGAAAAAUUCUGAUCAAGAAGAGUGAAACUCUUUAAAAUAUUGAAAAC